AUGUUAUCUUCAAUGGUCAAGGAGCAUCAAGCUAAGCAAGCACAGAAUAGGGAAUUGCAAGAAAAACGAAGGUUAGAAGCUACUGUGGCUACAACUAAAUUUGCUAAUGCUCUGGUUGACAGUCUGAACAAGGGUGUAGGCCAGGCUUAUGUCAAUCAAAAGAAAUUGGACACUGAAACAAAAAUUCUACACGCAAAUGUCAUGCAACUCACAAAGCAGACCAACCUAUGGCUUAAACUUAUUAAUGAUUUCAAUCAAGCUGUCAAAGAAAUAGGUGAUGUGGAAAACUGGUCAAGAAGUAUUGAAGCCGAUAUGAGGACAAUCUCAAGUGCAUUGGAGUAUGUUUAUAAAAGUAAUAAAGUUUACUUUUACACACGCACACACACACACACGCACACACACAGACAAACUGACACGCACUCACAUACACAAAUACACAUAUACUCUUGA